AACAGUUAUUAAUAACAUAAUUGGAUCGCUUACUAUAUGUAAUCAUUGCCUACAUAAAUUCAUUCAAAUGCAGGGAUGUAAAAAAAAUGUUUGUUAAAUUAGAUAAAAAUCGAACAAAUAAAUUAACACCGAUGGGAUACUUGUUACUCAGUCGAUGAUCAUAUAAAACACAGGAUGUAUCCAUCAAAAUCUUUCCGGAUUGAUUCAUAUUUCGUGGAUUUACCCAUUUAAAAGAUCGAUAAAGUACUUCAUUGUAUAUCAUUAUAAAGUAACCUUUGAUUGAUAAAGGAAAAGUCGGUUGAGAUAUUUUUUUUCCUGGUCGGAAAGUGAAAAAUGACAUGAAGAUGGACAUAGAAACAACAAAUUAUACACAAAGAAGGAAGCAAAACAAUGAAAAAUAAACGCCAUGACUAAUCAAAAAGUGCCACAGAGGAAAUAAACUAAUGUAAAAUAAACUUUGUCAUUGAGAGAAAAUGACAUCUUACAGAUAAUGAAGCUAGAUGAGUAAAGUAAAUUUCUCGAUCUAAAGGAAACUCUGACACAAGUUAGUUAUUCUGUAAACGACUAGACAGAGCAAAUAAUAUGUAUACACAAUGGUUAUGCAUAGCAUUAUUUACAUGUUGAUAUCUGUGCAAAACGUGGUUAAGGAAUAGUCAUAAUUGAUAAAAAGUACUAUAAGUCAGAUGGAGUUUUCUAGUCUGAAUUGUACUGACUGGUUGGAAAAAGAGAAUUCGAAUCGAAGCUAUUCAGUUGCUGAUUUUAGUCGUCAGGUCAACAAAAGAAACGUAGCCGCUGUAGUAUUUGUUGCCCUAAUGAUAGCCGUUGGUUUAGUUGGCAAUAUAUUGGUGAUCAUAGUUUUUACCCUGAAAUACAAAAAAUCAACUUACCGUGUAUACGUUUUAUGUUUGGCAUUUUUAGAUACAUUAAACUGUUGUUUUACGCUUCCAUUUGUAGUGACGUAUAUUUUAUUUUCUCAAAAUUUUCCAAGCGGAGCGUUUUGCAAAAUUGGGCAUUUUGUUGGAUUUUACAUUGGUCUUGCGUCGCCGUUUACUUUGAUUUUAAUUGCAUUUGAUAGAUACAGAAAUAUUUGUCAGCCAUUAUGCUUGCAAAUGACUGAAAAGAAGGCAAAAGUUUACUGCGUUAUUGUAAACAUUGCAUCGUUGGCGAUGUCAUGGCAUGUUCCUGUUAUAUACGGAAAUGCAGAAUAUCAAAUUCCAAAUACACAUUUAAUCGUUACGCGUUGUUACAAAGAGGAUAAUUACAUAGCACAGAAGAUAACUUGGUGGCAGUAUAUAAUAUUGACAGCUAUUUUAGUAAUUGUUGCAGUUCUUCUUGCUGUUAUUUAUUUCAUUAUAAUGAUUCGUGUCCAACAUAAAUCAAAAUAUUUUACACAAUUACAGACCACCAAGGGACGUGCAAAGUCUUCAACCGGAAAUGGGCGUGUUUCAUCUAAUACAAGCGGAAGCAGAAAUUCAGAUGUCAGCAGAACGUCUUCCAAUUUUUCAAAUGGAGAUGGAACGGGGGCAUACGUCAGUAAAAUUAUUCAAACAAGGAAAACGACUUUAACGUUCUUUAUAAUCACUACCGUGUAUGUGCUUAGUUCCGUUAUCCACCAUGCAUUAGCCAUUGUACUGCACGUGGUUCCAAAUUUAGAAUGUAGAAUGACAUUUAUUCAAGGUGCAGUAUUCUGGACUUUCUUUUGGACAAUUUUCAUUAAUAAUAUUGCAAACCCAUUUAUUUAUGGUUUGUCUGACAAUAGAUUUCGUCAACAUUUGAAAGCCUUUUUUCAUAAGAAGAAAACAAUCCCAUUGGCAUGGACAACACAACAACCGUUUCUCAAAACCAGAAAUAGAGAAAAGAAAUGAAAAUCCUUGGAGAGAAUAUGAAACACUUGUUAUAUAAUUUGAGGAUUUUAAAAUUAUGUGAAUUCGGCUUAUUCCUAGAUAAAAUAUAGGCCUAGGUUAUUUUCAGGCUCCAAGUUCAGACAAGACGUAAUCGCACAGCUAAUUGGAAUGGAUAGUGAUUUAAGAGACAAUAACUUGCCUUUUUGAUAUGCUCGAAAAUAAAACGUGGCCAAGAAGAGGCUGUUUGAAUUUCUGCUGGCUGGCAUGGGUAACAUUGUUGUUUUACAAUUUAAAUGCUGAGUGUCGUGUAACGACAGACUUAUAUAAAGAUUACAGUGUUGUUUGUGUAUAUUAAGCAACAAUGGAAAUGUAAGGUUUAAUACAUAUAGUGUAUGUUGUUAAGGAACUAAAAAGUGAACACUUGUCUUCAAAUAUAGAAUAACAGACAUUGUAAGAUCUUUGCAAGUUUUGCAAUAAUUAAUUCUUUAUUUGCGAAACAAACAAAAACCAAUUUUUGUCAUGGCAAAAACAUGGUCAAAACAAACAUAAUGAAAACUCGAUAAUAAUAGAAUACGUGUUAAAGUCAUAUGAAACGAGUGACUGGUGAACAAUAAUGUUUCUCCAAUUCUUGAACCAAUGCAUGUAUAUAUCAUGAACGUAGUCUUCUGUGCACGAUUUUAUCAUUUUUUACGCAAAUAUAUCGUAUAAUCGUGAUUUUUUUUUCUCUCUGUCUAUUAUGAUUUAACAAAUAUGGCAGCUCAUUAAAUGCCGUGUUUUGACUCUGAAGUUUACUGAUUGUCACCUUAUAGUAAACAAUCAACAAAAACAUGGAUACUGAGCACGUGUUUAACAUGUAAAAUCAGAUAAUAGUCUAUUUCAGUGACAAGACAAGACAAGACAAAAUAUUUUAUUUCCUCAGACACAAACGUGUACAAGAGGUCAAAACAUAAUAAAGUAUACAUUUAAAUCGACAGCAGAGUAGUGUACGAUAAUAGCACGUGAUUUUCGUGACAGAUCCAUGCGUAUUGCGAUCAUCGGAUUUUUACGAGAGGGUUCACGCUAAGGUCACAUUGCAUACGGAAAAUAUGUCAGCGAAUUGCUUUCUGGAAGAAAGCAAUUAAAAAAAAGUAAACUUCUUCUAAAUGUGUACAAAUUAAAGAAUUUACUUCAGAAAAAAGAAUAUGUACAUAAGUUUAAUUUUUUUCAAUUCAAUUCAAAGUUUUAUUGCCAUAUAAACUCUACAGUUUGUGACAUGAUAACAACAACAAAAUCAGAUAAAGACAACUAAGUAACUCAAUAUAUAUAUACAAAUUCAGGUAAAUAUUAAAGGGUCCCCUGUCCUCAGUUCAAUUGACUUUUUUAUAAGGAUCCUAGUUUAUUCACUUGUGUUGGUGUUGAUGGGUUAAUUAUAUAUAUAACUUUGUCAUUGUCAGUGAGAUUAGCAAAUGAAUUAUUUUCUCUGUUAAUGCAAUUAAAAUAUGUUAAUCUAAUAUUUGAAUUGUGAGAACAAUUUAUUAAGAAAUGUUUCUCAUCAUCUAGUACUUUGCAUUUUUUGCAAAGUCUCUCUUCGCGAGGAAUUUUAAAAUGCUUUAAUGAUGAAAACUAUCCAUUUUGUAAUUAAAAAAAAAACAUAUGCAUCAUUUUUUUUAAUUUGAGGUUUCAUAUGACUUUAAAAACAGUUAUUGGUCUCCAUCAGUUCUAAUGACUCUUUGAUAAAAGAAACAACUGUUUUAUAUCAUUUGGUGUUGAUGGAUUUAGUAUGAUCACGAGUUUAUCAGUUAUUGAAGUGUAUCAAAUUUGAUAUAUUUUUGUAUAUAAUAUUUUAGAAAGAUUUCUCUAUUAAUUUAUCAAUUCUACAGUUAUUAUAUAUCAUUCUUGUUUUAUUUGAAUUUCUUUACAUAUUUAUUGAUAUCCUUGUUUCUUGUCACGACCCUAGAUAAAGACUAGUGUUUAAUUGUAAUACGAUAUUGUAUAUAAUUCCGUUUUUAGAUCAAAUAAUUUCGUGGAUGUGGCAUUCACACAAACAGACAUUGUUGUAAAUUAAAAUGCGUACUUCGUAACAUUGCGUAUGUCUAGUUUUGUCGAAGGAAAAGUAAAAUCCUGAUUGAUCAAUAGAAAGUACUUGUAACACAUUGUUUGGAAUGUGUUUUAUAAACGCAUUAAUGAAUAAUAUAAAUGCAUUAAGAAAUUAUAAUAAAAAAAAAAUAUUAUUAAGAAAAUAUGUUUACACUUUUAUCAAUGAAAAUUGACUCUGCAGUACGUUUAAAUAUAGACGCAAAACAGCAAUGAUCCAACGGUCAGGUUUAAAUUAAACCCUAUCAAGGACACUCUUCUUUGGGGUUUUAAUAUGCACAAAGCAUACAUCUCCAGAUGAAAUAGUCAAUGUUUUAAACAGUGAUAUGCGUGGCUGCAGAUCCUCAUAUAACUUAUAAACUUAGUCCAUAUAACUUAUAAACUUAGUCCAUAUAAGAAUAAACAGUAUGGUUUAGUUUCAUCCAAUAACUAGAUGUUUUUUUAGUUUAAAACCAGAGCUAAACUAAAAUACUUUUUUCUUAUAAUUGAUAACAUGUAAAUUUUGUAUAAAAAUGUUGUGAAAGAUAAGUUAAUCUAGAGUUUACAUGGUUACAGAAUUGCAAUUAAUAACCUGGAUUUCUCCCAUUUAGCAGUAAAUCCCAUAUAUACUAAAGAGAGGGCGUACAUUUGGCUGUGCGGGAUUUAUAAGUACUCAACAAUUUCUUGUCUGCUCGAACAUCAUAUUUUUCUCCUUUAUUAAAAUUGUCCCUAAUUCAUACAACCCAUGAAAUAUUGUCUGUGGACGUUAAGCAAAGAAUAAUAUGUCGAAUUAUGGAUUAUGAUCGAUUGCAAUGAAAGUUAUGUAAUAAGGAAAUAUUCACAGAAUACAACAUUGUUCAUUUCAUAUUCUUUGACGUCAAAAUACUGAAUUUUGUUUCUGUUGUUGUAUAAACCUCUUUUAAUUAUAACAUGUAGAUAAUGUUAGUGUCUUGUCAUUAGCACCAAAACUGACGAAAUGAAGGGUAGAACUUAAUUUACUACACUUAGUCUUUAAGAACUGUUUAACAUUGUGUUAUAUGUGGAUAUGAACUAAUACUUUGUGCACUAUUUGCAAUGAUAAAAACUAUGUGUGGUGAUUAUGUACUGUUUCGAUACGUGACUGAACUAUGCUUUGUGUGGUGUACUGCCGUAUCAAAUUGAACUUUGCGUGAAUUACUUCUGUAUUGAGGGGUACUUUGCGUGAAGCACUGUGCUUUGUUGUAAAUAACUGCUGUAUUGAACGGUAUUUUUGUGUGUGUGAUCUCCUGCCGUAUUGAACGGUGCCGUGAGUGAAAUGUGAGUGGUGCUCAGUGUUUUGCUGUUUUGAAUAGUUCUUUGCGUAAAUUACUGUUGUAUUGAGCGGUGCUUUAUGUGAUGUACUGCCUAUUAACCGUUCCUAUCAGAGGAGUAUUGAUGUCUUGAGUGUGCUUUACUUGAAGAACUGUUGUAUUGAAUGGUGUUUUAUGGCUUUUAUGUGAUGUGCUGCUGUAUUGAAUGGGGAUGCGAGUGAUUUACUAAUGUGUUGAAUGUUUUUUGUGCGAACAGUUUUUUCCCGUAAAGUACUGCUGUAUUGAACUGUGCUAUGUGUAAAUUACUGCUGUAUUGAACGGGCUUGGUUUUUUAGUGAUCUACUGUCGUAUUGAAUGGUGCCGUUAGUGAAGUUCUGCUAUAUUGAGCAGUUCAUAAACUUCGGUGAAGUAAUGCUGUAUUGAAUUUUGUUUGAUAUAAUGAUGUUCUGAAAGGUCCAUUAGUGAUGUUUUGUUAACUUGGACUGUGGUGUGUGUUAAGUGCAGUUUAUUUUAUUUGUAUAAACUGAGUUUUUAAGAUGUAUUAUGCUUAAUGUGAUUGAGGGCUUAAGCACGAAUGAGUUUGUCUAAUUUACACCAAGAUAUCAUUGUCAAUGCAGAAUGAUGGUUUUCAAUAAUCUAGGGGGGGGCGGCUUUCAGCGAUUUGAUCAUAUGUUUUUUACAAGCAUGACAAAUGCAUUGUAUCCAAUUUUGUUUAACGACAUAUUGGUGUAAGUGCGGAUGUAACCGUUCGUUGUUUUCUUACUUUAGCUUGUAGCUUAAUUGAUGUAAU